UUUCAGACUUUUGUGGCUCUGGCCACGCCUCUGCUUUGCUGCAGUUCGGUGAGCAGAGACAGAAAGCAGCUUGCCUUGCCUGAGUUUAUUUCAUUCGGAAGACUAGGGAGAACCAAGGCGGACGCUGGUUGCCCCCCUCCUCUCUCUCUCUCUCUCACUCCCAUGCAGCUUUGAAGAAGACGCCCCCUCCCUGCACCUGCUCCGCUUCGUCUUCUCGUCUCGCAGGAGUUCAGCCUCUCGCUCUGUGCGGGCGUCGCUUCUCUCAUUGUUCGACGCUGUUUCUGAGCAUGACUUCGACGUACAACCUAGAUUUCCUGCCCCUCACCGAAAGUCGGUUAAUGACUUCGAGCGACACAAUCAACGGCAACGGGAGCAAGAUGAAUGGGUCACUGGAGCACAUGGACCAGCCCGACCCCGACGCAAUCAAAAUGUUUGUGGGACAGAUUCCCCGGUCCUGGUCGGAAACAGAACUAAAAGAACUUUUUGAGCCCUUUGGACCCGUGUACCAGAUCAACAUCCUCCGUGACCGGACUCAGAAUCCUCCUCAGAGUAAAGGAUGCUGUUUUGUAACUUUUUAUACAAGAAAAGCUGCACUGGAGGCCCAGAAUGCACUGCACAACAUAAAGACCUUAAGUGGGAUGCAUCAUCCUAUCCAGAUGAAACCUGCUGACAGUGAGAAAACAAGUGCAGUGGAAGACAGAAAACUGUUUGUGGGAAUGGUUUCGAAGAAAUACGGCGAGAACGAGGUCAGAAUGAUGUUCUCGUCUUUCGGACAGAUCGAAGAAUGCCGAAUUCUCCGGGGACCGGACGGUCAGAGCAGAGGCUGUGCGUUUGUCACAUUUGCUACCAGGGCAAUGGCACAGAAUGCAAUCAAAACCAUGCAUCACUCUCAAACUAUGGAGGGUUGUUCUUCACCUUUGGUUGUAAAGUUUGCUGACACCCAGAGGGACAAGGAGCAGCGGCGCCUGCAGCAGCAGCUCGUGCAGCAAAUUCAGCAGCUUAACAACGCCUCCACCUGGGGAAACCUGGCAGGGCUGGGAACCCUGACACCGCAGUAUCUGGCGUUGCUCCAGCAGGCGACAUCAACCAGUAAUCAAAGCAGUUUCAACGGCAUUCAGAGGCUAGGAGCAGGUGUGAAUCCUCUUCAGCUGCAAAACCUGGCCACGUUGGCUGCGGCCGCAGCUGCAGCCCAGAGCUCCGCCAGCCCGACUUCAACCAGCGCUCUGUCAACCACCAGCGCAGCCCUGGGGGCUCUCGCCAGUCCAGGUUCAACAGCAGGGUCCAGUGCUGGUGCUGCCAUGAACACCCUGGCCUCUCUGGGCACACUGCAGAGUCUUACUGGCACCUCUAUGGGCCUCAACAACCUUAAUGCUCUCACUAGCGGUGUCAGUGGUAUGGGGGCCAUGAACGGAGGCCUGGGAGCCUCCAUGGCCAACGGCUCGGCUGCAAGUUCCAUGGAUGCACUGACACAGGCCUACUCAGGGAUGCAGCAGUACACGGCCUCAGCCCUGCCCUCCCUCUACAGCCAGUCUCUGCUGCAGCAGAGCGUGGCUGGCAGUCAGAAGGAAGUAGGGCCAGAGGGCGCCAACCUGUUCAUCUACCACCUGCCGCAAGAGUUCGGGGACCAGGAUCUUCUGCAGAUGUUCAUGCCUUUUGGAAACGUGGUCUCUGCCAAAGUCUUUAUUGACAAACAGACCAAUCUGAGCAAAUGCUUUGGGUUCGUCAGCUAUGACAAUCCUGUCUCCGCGCAGGCUGCCAUUCAGGCCAUGAACGGUUUCCAGAUCGGCAUGAAGAGGCUGAAGGUUCAGCUGAAGCGCUCCAAGAACGACAGCAAGCCCUACUGAUCCUUGCCUGGGGCCUCCCCCCAGUCCCCUUCCCAGCUCAGUUCUAGCACUGCUAGG